AUGAAGGAGUCGCGUCGCGAAUGUAGCGACUAUAUAGCAAAAAUCCGGUUCCAUCGCGACUUUAUAGCGAUCGCGAAACUGGAGAGAAAUUUCGCGAGAUAUGGAACGGGCGAAAAUAUACCACCCAAUAAUGACAGUGGAUUUGCAGCAGGUGGUAUUUAUGGUAAAACUAGUGGUAUUGCUGGUGAUAAUGAAUCGUUUUGGGCAGAUCCUAAUAAUCCUCCACCAGGAGGAUGGGCUCAGCCUGCGCCGGGUGAACCGAAUGAUGCAGCUUUCGGUGUCAAUACAGGCAGUUAUGUAGAAGUUGGCAAUAUUGGAGGAAGUGUUUAUCCCCGUCAUACAGGAUAUUAG